AUGGCGACGCUGGAGGAAUUGGACGUUGUGGGGGACGCUGCUGGCGGGGACGAUGGACUGGCCCUUGAGCUCGGGUCCCUCUCGACGCAGGAGUUGCAGACGAGGAGCAAGUUACUUGACAACGAGAUUCGGAUCUUCAAGUCAGAGUUGCAACGGCUGCAGCACGAGAAGAACGUCAUGCUGGAGAAGAUCAAGGACAACAGGGAGAAGAUCAAGAACAACAGGCAGCUGCCGUACCUCGUUGCGAACGUCGUUGAGAUUAUGGACGGCGGUGCCGGUGAAGAGGACGAAGAAAGGGCUGCGGGAGGGAAAGCCGCUGUGGUGAAGACCUCUUCGAGACAGACGGUGUUCUUGCCCAUGGUAGGGCUCGUGGACCCGGAUACGCUGAAACCGAACGAUCUCGUAGGGGUGAACAAGGACUCGUACUUGAUACUGGACACUUUACCCUCAGAGUUCGACAGCAGGGUGAAAGCGAUGGAAGUGGAUGAGAAACCGACGGAGACGUACUCGGACGUCGGUGGGCUAGACAAGCAGAUUGAGGAACUUGUAGAGGCGAUCGUGCUCCCUAUGAAGCGAGCGGAUAAGUUUAAAGACAUGGGGAUUCGUGCUCCCAAGGGGGCACUCAUGUAUGGUCCACCGGGUACGGGGAAGACACUUCUAGCGAGAGCGUGUGCUGCACAGACAAACGCGACUUUCUUGAAAUUGGCAGCACCACAACUCGUACAGAUGUUUAUCGGGGAAGGUGCUAAGCUUGUCAGAGACGCCUUCGCCCUUGCAAAGGAAAAGGCACCCACGAUCAUCUUCAUCGACGAACUGGACGCCAUUGGGACUAAAAGAUUCGACUCGGAGAAAUCCGGUGACAGAGAAGUCCAGCGGACCAUGCUUGAGUUGCUAAACCAACUGGACGGGUUCUCCUCAGACGAUAACGUGAAGGUCCUUGCGGCAACGAACAGAGUCGACGUGUUGGAUCCCGCAUUGCUCAGAUCGGGGAGACUCGACAGGAAGAUAGAGUUCCCACUGCCCACAGAGGACUCCAGGGCACAGAUCCUGCAGAUCCACUCCAGAAAGAUGACCACGGACGACGAUAUUAACUGGCAGGAACUUGCGAGAUCUACGGACGAGUUCAACGGUGCUCAAUUGAAGGCCGUCACCGUCGAGGCAGGGAUGAUCGCUCUCAGAAACGGCCAGGCCUCAGUGAAACACGAGGACUUUGUAGACGCCAUCGGAGAAGUACAGGCAAGAAAGUCAAAGUCCGUCUCGUUCUACGCAUAG